CCAAGUUCUACAGUGACUUGCCCGUGGAUUACUAUGGAGUAGAAGCAGAGGACAACCCAAACUUUGAUCUCAGCAUUCAUUUCUAUCCAGUUGCUCAGUACAUCAGAGAAGCACUGAAUUCCCCAAGAGUUUCUCCACAUCCUGAGAGCGCUACUUCAUGGACAAGAUGUCAUCAGGAAGCUGGAAUGCUGGGAAGAAAAAUGCAUAUACAGCAGUCAAAGUAGAUCCUGAUGAGGACUAUUGUACCCCAGGGGCAUUUGAACUGGAGAGGCUCUUGUGGAAGGGCUGCCCAAAGUACACUCACGUCAAUGAAGUCUGGCCCAACCUCUACAUAGGAGAUGAAAAAACCGCACUGGAUCGCUACAGCCUGGAGAAGGCGGGAUUCACCCACAUCCUCAACGCGGCCCACGGGCAGCGCAACGUGGACACGGGACCGCAGUAUUACAACAGCAUGACCGUGGAGUACCAUGGUGUGGAAGCAGAUGAUCUCCCCACUUUCAACCUCAGCCAGUUCUUUUAUUCGGCUUCCAAAUUCAUUGAUAAUGCACUUCAGGAUGAAAGAAGCAAGGUGCUGGUUCACUGUGCCAUGGGCCGCAGCCGCUCUGCCACACUGGUCUUGGCUUACCUGAUGAUUUACAAGAACAUGACAGUGGUGGAUGCCAUUGAGCAAGUGUCAAGGCACCGCUGCAUCUUGCCAAACCGGGGCUUCUUGAAACAGCUGAGAGAACUGGACAUAGCGCUGGCACUGCAGAGGAGGAACAGCAAGAACAGCCUAGCACCUGCUGAGCAGCAGAACAGCACCACCAUCUAGCACUGUCCUGGCACGGCUGUGCUACUGGAAAAGAAAACUCCAUAAAAGGA